GCAAAGAAUCUGUUGAUAUUGUACGAUGCAGUAGGGACGCUGGCAGAUAGUGUUGGAUCGAAUCUGAAUCAGCCACAGUAUGUACAGACUCUAAUGGAGCCGUUGAUGGCAAAAUGGUCAUCGUUAUCGGAUGACGACAAGGAAUUGUUUCCGUUGCUGGAGUGCUUAUCGAGUGUGGCCACUGCUCUGCACGUGUCGUUCUUGCCGUUUUGUGAGCCGGUGUUUAGAAGGUGUACGGCGUUGAUAGGGCGGUGUUUGCAGCAGGUGCAGUUAGCAGUGGAGCGACCGGCCGAAUACGAUAUGCCCGAUAAGGACUUCUUGAUAGUGGCACUGGAUCUGCUGUCGGGCCUGGCCGAGGGCCUAUCGGAUCACAUCGACCAGCUGGUGGCGUCGAGUCAGAUCGUGGCGUUGAUUUACCAGUGCUCAAUGGUGUGUUUUGAUUUGGGAAAGCUUAUUUGCGGUCGUUGCGCUGCAGAAUUAUUGGGGAAAUUUUUGGGGAAUGUGGUGGGGAAUUUCAGUGGUAAUUUGGCGUAUUUGUUUCGGUUUUGGAGAGCAGGUCGUGUUCUGUGGGCAUUUAUUUAUGGGAGUGAAAAUUUUUAUGCGCAUCUGGGGAAUUGGUUUGUUUGA